UUCAUCCAACAUGUGACGCGGCCAGGCUUUGGUAUGUCUUGCAAGUUUUUGCUUAUGAGCUACAUCCGAAGUUUGUGGAUGUAAGCUGUGAGGUAGGGGUCAACAUACGUGACCAGAGUCCUCGCUUGCUCCGAUGGAUCCCCUGUACAAAGACCCUGAAAUUGAGCCCUAUUUUACCUCUGCUCAUGCUUUGGAAUUGGUAAGCAACAAAUUAAUAGAGUUGAUUAUUUGUUGAUUAAUUUUUUAAGAAUAGUUAUUAAUUAUUGUUUUCAUUUGAAUGAUAGGCACCGAUGAAUUUCACCCCAUCCGAGAGGGUUUGGUGUGAAAACCAUGGACUGUACCCCAACUACAGUUGCGAGGUGCCGAGUGCUGAUUUGCUUGUCACCAUCAAAUACAAAGCCAACAAUUCUUCCAAACCAAGAUCACCCAAGGAACAACCACAUCCAAAAGUGGAUAAGUUAGUGCUUGGGAAAAGGAAGACCAGAGCGACACAGCGGGUGCUUGAAAGGCCCGAAGACGAGGAAGCAUUUGAGCGGCUGAUCGAGUUGGCAGACACCCAAACAACACAAAAGACUAAGGGGAAAAAGAGUACACCCCGAAAACAUGUUCCACCUCAUCAAGGACAUGAAGUAGGGGCAGGCACUAGCAAGAGAGGUCAGACAAAGAAAAAUGAAGAAUGUGACACUCCUUCAUAUCCCACAUACAACCAAAUGGAAGAGUUUCUGGUGAUUGCAUGAUCAAUGCAAGCCACCCUCACUUCUAUGGACGACCGUCUCGGAAAUGAUAAAUCGGCAAACGUUAUCAAUGCGGGAGUUCAAACCAUAAAAUCAUAAACAAA